AUGGCGAGUGGAAAGCCCAGCCCACCACCGAUCAAGAAGUCGCGCACGAGACAGCUCACCCUCGAGGAAAGUAUGGCUGGGGCCACCGGCAGCACUAGCCGGCCUCGGGAAACUCCAACCUGCGACACUCCACCGCUGUUUUCAGACAGCGAGAGCGAGCAGCCCAGCAGUCAAGAUGACAGUCAAUUCUUGAAUGAUGAUUUGCACUCUCAGACGUCGGCCACACUCUCCUACCCUGCUUCCCCGCAGGGAACCCCGCCCCCUGCCCCCCAGGGGGUCCUCCUGAGCCAAAUUUCGUUUGGCCCCUCAUGCAACCCCAUCCUCCCUCCUCUCUCUUCCUCACCCUCCCACACUGUCACCUUUCACACAAGACUCCGCCCAGGUCAUGCACCCCGUCCGCACCCGGACAAAUUCUGCGACGUGUGGGACAGCAAUCACGUGCGAAGCCCCUGCUCGUCACAGAGCCUCUACCCGGUCAAAACCAACACGGGAGAGAAAGUUCUCAUGUCCAGAUGGACACUGAUCAGAGCCUCCCUAUCUAAGCCAAUAGCAAACUCCUAUGACCUAGAAGAGGCUAUAAUGGAGUACAACUCUCGACAAGCUGGAAAGUGGUCAUUUGGAGCUCUCCACGCUUACUUCAGUGAGGCUGCAUGUCUGCUGGCAAACGGCUUUUUCUGCACGUUCCCCCGUCGAAACGCGUUCCACAGAGGUGCAGAGUUUUCCACCUACCCUUCGGUCAAUUUCAACACUCUCUUUUCCGGGCGUCGCACCACCUCGAUCCAUCCCGUGAGAGUUGCCAAACUCAAGUGUCUCUUUCACUACUUUACUUGCGUCACGUCUAAACCUCCCACUGGCGUCCUCACCUUCACGAGACAGGUUUGCAAAGACCCUCCCCAUUGGGACAAGUGCUCAGAGAAACUCUCAAAACUCCACCUGUCUUCCGAGGGAACGAUAGAAGACGAUGGACACGGAAUGCUCCAGGUUGACUUUGCCAACAAACGGGUGGGAGGUGGGGUGCUGGGGAGCGGUGCCGUUCAGGAGGAAAUCCGUUUCCUCAUCUGUCCGGAGCUGAUACUCUCCAGGCUUUUCACGGAGGAACUGCAGGAAAACGAGAGCCUUGUUAUCACAGGGGCAGAGCGAUUUUCCUCCUACAGCGGGUACGGCUCCACGUUUGAGUGGGCGGGGUCUCACACAGACAGCACAGCCCGGGAUUCCUGGGGGAGGAGGGACAUGACUCUGGUUGCCAUGGACGCAAUAGUGGUCAGAAACUCAGCUUCGCAGUUCAAACCGGGACUCAUCCGAAGAGAACUCCUCAAAGCCUACUGUAGCUUUACGAGCACCGCCUCUACUCCAUGUGGCCGACUGAGAGCUGUUGCCACAGGUAACUGGGGCUGUGGUGCGUUCGGUGGCGACAAACGUCUAAAGGCCCUUCUCCAGUGGCUUGCUGCCUCGGCUGCUGGUCGAGACGUGGUCUAUUUCACGUUUGGUGACAAGGGACUCCGGCAAGACCUGCAUGUCCUCCAGGAAGAGCUGGUGGGUCUAGGAGCCACUAGCGUGGCUGACGUGUGGAGAGUGCUUCUGACGUACCAUCGACAGCAGAGCCCACAGCCUCCCCUGUACAAGUUC